UCCAUCCCCACAGCGGCGUUCAGAGAGCAAGUCCUUCCGAUCCAGAGAACUACAAUCCCCAGCAGCCAGGCGGAGAGCGGAGCAAGUGGGGGCUGGCGUCACGUGGGCGUCCGGCCUGGGCGGGCUAUUUCUCAGUGCGGCGGCGGCGGCGGCGGCGGCGGCUCGGGGUCCGGGGCCUUUUGUCUGGAGCGGCUGUGGGGGGGCCCCGGAGCGGCGAGACCGGCGGCCUUCCCCCAGCUCGCUUGGUCCCGGCCGCCCCUCGCGGGGGUGGGGGGCCACCCCCUGGGCCGGGCGUCGCCUCAGGCGCCGCCGCCCCGCCCUAGGCCCGCCCCGCCCGGCCGGAGGGGAGGAACCGGCUGGGCCUCGCCGCGCGGCCCAGCCACCCCCGGAGUCGCCCGCGCUGCGCUCCGUGCCCCGGACCCGAGGCUGCCUCUCGCUCUUCCGACUGACGCCAUGAAGAUCAAGGAUGCCAAGAAGCCCUCUUUCCCAUGGUUUGGCAUGGACAUUGGAGGGACUCUCGUAAAGCUCUCAUAUUUUGAACCUAUUGAUAUCACAGCAGAGGAAGAACAAGAAGAAGUUGAGAGCUUAAAAAGUAUUCGGAAAUAUUUGACAUCUAAUGUAGCGUAUGGAUCCACUGGUAUUCGGGAUGUACAUCUUGAACUGAAAGAUUUAACACUUUUUGGCAGAAGGGGGAACUUGCACUUUAUCAGAUUUCCAACCCAGGAUCUGCCCACUUUUAUCCAAAUGGGAAGAGAUAAAAACUUCUCAACAUUACAAACGGUGCUAUGUGCUACAGGAGGUGGUGCUUACAAGUUUGAAAAAGAUUUUCGCACAAUUGGAAACCUCCACCUGCACAAACUGGAUGAACUUGACUGCCUUGUAAAGGGCUUGCUGUAUAUAGAUUCUGUUAGUUUCAAUGGACAAGCAGAGUGCUAUUAUUUUGCUAAUGCCUCAGAACCUGAGCGAUGCCAAAAGAUGCCUUUUAACCUGGAUGAUCCCUAUCCGCUGCUGGUGGUGAACAUCGGCUCUGGAGUCAGUAUUUUAGCAGUCCAUUCCAAAGAUAACUACAAACGAGUGACUGGGACGAGCCUUGGAGGGGGUACCUUUCUGGGUUUAUGUAGCUUACUGACUGGCUGUGAAAGUUUUGAAGAGGCUCUUGAGAUGGCAUCCAAAGGUGACAGCACCCAAGCAGACAAGCUGGUCCGUGAUAUUUAUGGAGGAGAUUAUGAAAGAUUUGGUCUACCAGGUUGGGCUGUAGCAUCUAGUUUUGGGAAUAUGAUUUAUAAGGAGAAGAGAGAAUCUGUUAGUAAAGAAGAUCUGGCAAGAGCUACCUUAGUUACUAUCACCAAUAACAUCGGUUCUGUGGCACGAAUGUGUGCUGUCAAUGAGAAAAUAAACAGAGUUGUCUUUGUUGGGAACUUCUUACGUGUCAAUACUCUCUCAAUGAAGCUAUUGGCAUAUGCACUGGAUUAUUGGUCCAAAGGUCAACUGAAAGCACUGUUUCUAGAGCAUGAGGGAUACUUUGGAGCUGUUGGUGCACUUCUUGGGCUGCCAAAUUUCAGCUAAAGCAUCAAGUCUGUCCCUGCUAAUAAAUGUCAUCCAAAAGGAACUGAACCAGAGGCAUUAUUACUGCAUUGUUUGUCACUGAGAACCAAAGGAUAAAAGAAUACCACUAUUUCCUAUUGCUUUUAAAUGUCGGAGUGGUCCUGGAUGUUGCCAUACUAAAAGAGAGCUCCGUGACAUGUGAAGUAUUUCUUGUUGAAAUGCUUUCCUUCCUGUAGAUAGGCAGUUUUAGAUCCUUAAAUGCAAUACAGCCUCUGCUAAUUGAGCUUUCUCUCAAAAAUUUUUCUAUUUAUUUUACAUAGCCAACAUUGUAGUACUGUAUGUUCAAAAUACAAAUCUUAAAGUCUCAGAAAAGUUUAACUUUCGAAAAUAAUUGAUUCUCAGUAUUUGUCAGAAGUCUGUUAUAUGUGUGUUAACGGGUUACUAAAGAGUGGACAGUAACAACCUGUAUCAAAAAAUACUGAAAUGGCAAUCAGACAUCACUUUUAUGUCAUUUUAAAAUGUUUAGGCAAUAUUAAUUAUUAUAGUUUUUCUGACAUAACCCCAUUCCCCAUAAAAGCGUGUUUUUGUGAUCAUUACCCAAAGGUAUAACUUUUCUCAGAUACCAUAAUUUAAAUGAAAUACUCUUGUUAAGUUUUAGCCCAGGCUUUAAAAUGACUCCUGGAAAAUGCUCAUUCUUUGCUGGCAUUGCACUUUCUGUGAUUUGAGUUAAUUGGCACAUGCUAAAAUGUUUCGUGUUUCUAUCAAUGAAAGCUUGAUUACUUUGGGGUUUUGGCUCAGGCUGUCCUGGAAGUAUGGUGUGAGUGAAUUGCUUAGAGUUCUUACCCCUUUUUGGUUUAUUACCAUGUUUAUCUCAGACCCACACUUGUGUUGUUUCUUUCCAUUACAUCUGAACCUUCAGAGCUAAAGUUUUGAUUCCAUUAUGAAGAGCAGCCAACAUCACAUUUAUUCUAAAUGGAUGUUACGUAAACUAAAUGCUGAUUUAUAUGAAACUUGUGGACAGUCUAAGGCAGUAUUGCAGAAUUAUAAAAGGAUCAGUGUUUCAUACAUUCUGAUAAUAAAAAAGCAUUAUAGUUCUCAGAUUUGUAAAUCCUGCUACCUUGAAAUUUAUUCUGUAUUUUGGAUUAACUUUUUACAAUGUUAGAGAUUUUUUUCAGAUUUUUACAUUGGCAGUAACAUUUGGAGGUCCAUUAGUUGGGUGAAGUUAUUCCAGUCUUGGUCAUGGUUUAGGAAGUAGGAGGAACCCCACCUCUGUAAAUUACCAGUAGAUCUGGAUGUACUUUGAAGAAAUUGAGAGUUGUUUACAUUAUGAAGGAAGCAUUUGUGCUUUUACAGAACAUAGUGUUGUUCAGUACAGAGCAGUUUUCAUUAGACUGUUAAGAGGUGCUUGAUAAAAACAUUUCUCUGUAUAAUUUUCAAAAUUUUUGUUCAAGCAUUUAAAAUCCAGUUUUAAUUUCCUGCAGACAUGAACAUAUAAAUAAUAGGAGUGAGUAUAUAAAGGGGAACGCCUGUAGCAGUAACUUAAACCGUUUGGAACUUUGAAUUCAUACCAGUCAAUAAUCAGUUUGAAGUGAUGCUUUCGUGUUUCUUGCUUUUACUUUUCUGUUCCAGUGACUGGGUGUUUUCAGCCAAAAUGUCAGUGGUUUGAUCUAUCUUAAAAGUUUCUGAUUUGGCCAUCAGAUAGAAAUCUUAUUCAAUGAAAGUAAUUACCAGACUUAUUUAUACUGAUAGCAAACUCUGUACAUCAUUACCUAUAGGUUUAAGGCUGUCUCUUUCAGAAAAGCAAUGGAAUGGACAAAGUCUAAGUUAAUUUAGUCACUAUAAUACUGAACAAAAAAAAUGAUUUCGUACAUUUUGUCCUUUGAAGUUGAAAUUAACUGCUAAAUACAGGUAAACUGGACAACCAUCUCACCACUGUUGGUCUUAGGUCUUUUGCAUACAAAAUGUAAAAUUCUUAGGAUAGGAAUAUAGAAUUGUGAAGAAGGCUACCAAGAUUCUGUUUUUUGUAUUAUGAUCUCCAGAAAUUUCCUUUUAGCGUGCGGUGGUAAAUAGGUUUGGAUCUGAUUUUACCUUUCCUAGUAAACACAUAAAGUAACAAGAAAUGUGAAAUUUUUUUAAUUAUAUAUUUUUAUCUAACUUAAUACCUAAAUAUGUUAUUUCAAUAUAAAAUAUGUUACCCUUUUCCACUCUUAGUCUUUAAAAAUGUGUGCUUUACCCUUCCGGCAUCUCAAUUUGAGUUGACCACAUUUCAGAUUUCAGUAGCUGUACAUGGGUAAUGUCUGCUAGGUGAGACAGCAUAGUUGUAUGAAAACUUGCUGAAUUUGGGCUUUUAGAAGAAUAUUUGAUAGAGAAAAAAUUAGGAACCUUAUUUCUUAAAUAGAUAAGAAGGAGUAAGCUGUAUUUCUGACCAUUCCCAAACUCUUAUGUUGGCAUCCUGCCAUGUCAUUGUAGUGUGUAUCAUUUUUUCCUAUGAUGCUCAUAAAAUUGCCCAAGACAAUCCUACCAGUUGCCAGCAAUCUCCAAAAUAGGUAUUUCCUUCAGUGAAACAAAUUUGAUGGUUCUAAUGAUUUAGUUUAUAAAAUUCUAAUUAACUUUGAGCAGGUAACUUUAGAGUAUUAAAAAGGUUAUGAAAGUUAUUUAUAAUUUGUAGGCUUAAUUUUCAUUUGUAAAAAUUAUAUUAACUUUUUCAAAUGCAAAGAGCACUCUCAGUUUGCUUUGGGGCUUGGAAAACACAUGACAUAAAAAUUAGCACCACCAUCCCCUGUCCCCAGAGAAGAUUGCCUUUUAAAUAGAGACUUUCUAAAUUAGUUCUGCACCCAGAUGUCUUCAAAGACAAAAGAAUGAGUAGUAUUGUCAAGUAAGUUGGCACGGCAAGUUCUUGCCCAGCUACUCAAAUUUGAAUAUGGAGGAAGUGAGGUGGACUUAGGUUGGGGUCAGUACACUUGAAAUCACCAGGAAUACACUUGAUAAUUCAAAGCCCUUUAAAGAAGUUGAGGUUAUUUGCCAAGUAUUAGGCUAGGCUAAAUAAAAAUUCCUGAGUUUUUGGUGAUUUUUUUGUUUUUGUUUUUUGUUUUACUUUUGAGUGCUCAUCUGAUGGCUAUAUUGUAAGUUCCAGUUUCUGAAAGACCAUUUUUGUAAGUAGAAUGAUGUAGCUCAAAGUAGAAAAGUUUUCUUCUUUUUCUAGUGUAAUUCUUGCCUUCAAAGAAUAAUCCAUCAUAUCUUGCCUUGAAUUUUUUUAAGAUUGUGUUCUUGGUUGAAAGCUUAGCUAGGUAGUAAAGUUUAAAUAUCUUUUAUAACCACUCUGCUUAUUACAAGCUAAAUUUUUCCAUGUUUCGUUUCGUGUGUGUGUUUCUGUUGAGCACUUUAUAUGCUUUUUAGUCUAUUGCAUUUAAGAAUGUAAUUUAGGAAUUCUCCAUUAAAGCCAUGUAAAAACUGAUAAAGAAUAAUGAAAAUGUGUAUGUUGUUUUGCAUUUGAUUUAACUGUUUUGUGGUGUGUGUAAACUGAAUAUUAGAAAUAUAUGCCUUUUUGUAAUAAUACUCUGACCUUAUUUAAGGUGAUUGCCAUGAAACAUCAAUAAUGUCCUGUUUCCUGAUAAUUUGUUUAUUCUUGUGUGUUUAAUACUGAAGGAAUUCAACCAAACUUUGUUUCUGUCAUUAGAUGAAGCAUUAUCUGUUUCACUGCCUGUUUUCAAGAGUAAAUUGUCCUGUAUUUUGUACUGAGCCUAGUGAUGGUUGGUGAAGCCCCCAAAAGUAGUUUUCUUCCUUUAGUGUUUCCACUAUUAAUAGCCCAGUAAAAGUGAUGGUGUAAUAAGUGAAUAAUUCCUGCUUUUCUGCCAUGUCUAAAUUUUGAGAAAUUCCCACUUGUUGAAGGUACACGUAUUGCCACUUGUCAAAGCGAUCCCUACUGUUAGCAUUAUCUGUCUUGUGUAUUCAGUGGACAGGGUCAUAAUUUGGUGUUGUAUUACAGAUAGUGCCAGACAGUGGUAACUUUUUUUGAAUGUCAUUUUCUUUAUUUGUAAAAUGAGGGAAUUGUUUUAUUACAGUGGGAAAUGGCUUAGUUAUCAUCAGGAUCCUGAGAAACAAAUUGAUUAAUUUGUGGCAGUAUUUGGAAUGGCUAAAUAAUUUCUUUAGAUAGUUGGUGUCAUGUUUUGGAGUUAAAUUUUGCAGUUAUUUAUCAUUUUUAUUUGUAAAUGUUAAUAGGUACUAAGUUUUGUAUCCUCACCAAACUAAUAGAAUAUUGGUUCUCUCAUAUUAUGUUAUUGCCUAUAAUGACCAAGUAAAUAUACCUUUAAUGUGAAGGGUUUUUUGUAUGUGUAUGUAAAAGUAAGUGAAUGCAUGUGUGUGUACAUAUUAUAAUCUGUAAAGAUAUCUGGAAUUUUUACAGUUAACUUCAUAACUAUAUGGGCAUUAUAACUUUCACAUUGUACAAAAAAAAAAUCCCACUGAAUUUGAAGAUGCUAGAAUCUUAGAUACACAAGGGAUUUUUUUAGUGGGCCUUUUCUUAGAGUUUAUUUGCUGUUUGUGGGCCUUAUGAAGAUAAAUAUGGGAUGAACCCUCCUGAAAUUGAUUAUUGCUUUCAUCAAACACAGUUCACAGCAAAAAUUAUAAGACAAGUUUAGUCACCUGCAAGUUAAGUUGAAAUACCAUAAAUUACCACAUCAGAUAUCUUGAAGACCUAAAAUACUUUGUCCUUGGGAUUGCCUGAGAAUAAUCAAGCGACUGUGUCUGACAUUCCUGCCUUACUAUUAACGUGUAGUUGUGAGCUGAUGCUGAGAUUUCAGGUACCACAGUUAGUGCUGAACCAUGUGGCUGGGGAGGAAUUUUUUGUUUUAAGACUAUCCACAAUUACAUUCUAGCUCCUUCUGUAACCAAAGGGUUAUUUUUUAGGUUUUCUUUUUCUUUUUUCUUUAUUCUUUUUUUUUUUUCUUGGCCACGGCUGCCACUGGUUUUGUUUAAAUAGACUAAAGAGGAAUGUAUUUUUCAAAGGAUUGAAUGAAGUUAAAAAUCAAGAUUUUGAAAUGUGUAAAUGUGCAACUAAUUCAAUCCUAGCAUAUUACUGGUUUUUUUUUUUUUUUUUUUGCUUGCUGUUUCUAAAUAUUCUUCAUGCAUUGCAGUGCUAACCGUUCCAAGAGUUUUCAAGGAAAACAUUUCAGUUUUUUUGUAAUUUGUAAGAUAUACAUAAAUAAUGUACAUUUGAAAUUAUUUGGUUGUAUGUAUGAGCGUUGCUUGACCAUCAUACGAGGUCAGGCAGUGGUUGUCACAGAUACUGAAGCCAUUUUGAAAUUUGCCACUUUUUUGAGUGGCCUCUUAGAGUUUACAGCAUUUAGAAAUAAAAGGUAACUUUAUGGACCCACACUAAUAGCCUACUUUACUUGUCUGAAAUAUAAUUAAUGGCAUUAGGGUAUAAGUGAUGAUGAGAUGGUUUUACAGUUUUGUAGACAUUAUACAUUUUUAUUUUUUAUUUGAACUACAGCAAAACUCCUGACUUUAUUACUGAAGUUGAAUGGUACUUGUCUUAAUUCAGCCCAGUUUUUGACCAAAUCAUGCCUAGAAUAUGUUUUAAUGUCCCAAUUUAGAAUCCUUUAAUUUGGGGUUAAUUGUACUUACACAUGCCAUUUCAGCUUAAGUUGCCUUAUUCUGUCUGUUGUAUUAUUCUUGUCCAGUCUAAGCUUUGUCAUGUCUUAAUUCUUCUAACACUGAAUCUGAUGUAAAAAUGUAUGAUGUGCUACAGAUUUAUUCAUAAUAAGCUAAGUUAUCACUAUUGUAACCUGUAAACAUUUCUUGUAAAUUUCCUAAUUUAUUUUUUCAUUUAUGUAUAAUUAUGUAAAUUUUAAAAAUAUUUGUUGUGACUUGUUCUGUGAACAUUCCCAUACUCUUAAUGCUUAUUUGCAUGAAAGAAACUUGGGUCUGCUUGUUUGGAUUGCAUAGCCAUUAAGCCAACUUCAGUGUAUCUGCCUUUUCUGUAGUUUAACUUUUUCUAAUUUUGUUCCUAUCUUAAAUGUUAGAAUCAUGCUUUUUACUUCCUACUUUCCAAAUAAAGUCUCUAAGUUGUUUA